ACAGAUGUCCUGCAUGGAGGAAAUGAGGAAAGAAUUAAACACAGCCAGGAAAAGGAUGAGUAAAAAGAGAGAAUAAAUCAGUAGACUCGGUGUGUGUGGAUGAGGCUGUGAGAGGGUCAGUGUAUCAGGAUGACGAUGAAAGGCUUGUCCUCCAGCCGCAGCCACCACCACACACUCACACAAUGUGACCCAUCCUACGAAUCUUUGACCCUCCGCCACGACCGACGACCUUAUGUCCUUAACCAGGCCCACCCGACCGACCACAGCUUCUAUGGGUGCCAGUCCGAUCUGGCCAGCAGCACAUUUCCCAGCCGACAUCACGGCUCGCAUCACGAGCUUAAGGACGAAUGCGCCAUAGUGCCGUAUGUGGGACCGGGCGGCAUAGCCAGAGGAACUGGGAGUGGGUGCGGCCCAGGCAGCUCGGCUGCCAUCCCAUCAUCCCUGCUGGAGAAGUUUGACCAGCAGCAACCAGUGAGGAAGGACGGAUAUCACACUUUGCAAUACAAACGGACAGCGGCGCUGGAACACCAGCGUAGCGACAGUCCUGGGCGUAUACGCCACCUCGUGCACUCCGUCCAAAAACUGUUCACCAAGUCCCAUUCCCUGGAAGGUCCCAGCCAACGCAGUCUCAAUGGAAAUUACCCCACCAUCCCAGCUGAUGCAAUGGCUACGGCUGCAUCCCACCCAAAUGUUUCCACCAUGACUGUAAGCACCCUACACAAGCAGUCUAGCAACAAGCGAGGGAAGAACAAGGAACGCAGUCGCUCCGAGCCCAAACCUCGCGCACGGACACCCGGGUCAGGUUACUGGAGCUCGGACGACACUCUGGACCGAGAGAUCUGCCUCUACCACCAGCAUCAACCCUCUGGAGUCAUGACCAUGGGCCGGCAUCCGGACAAAUCCCAGUCCCACUACUUCCUGGGACAGAGCUACAACACACUAGGUGGGGGACACUCGUCCCUGAAGACCUCACGCAGCAACAAUGAUGUUGGAAGUUGCUCCACUUGCUCCAACACCACAGGAGGCGCUCUAACUUUUGGUGGCCCGAAGUCAGUGGACCAGGCUGGGUCACUCGUCAAGAAGAGCUCCUGGUCAAGCACGCUAACGGUGAGCAGGGCCCGAGAGGUGUACCAGAAGGCCACUGUCAAUAUUGAUAAAGCUCUAGUCAAAGCACCGACCUGCCAGCAGGGAAGAACCUGCCAGUUUUUACAGGUUCCUCAGGAUGAGUGGGGUGGCUUCUCGUCUGUGGGUCAGGAUGACGAGAUCCCGUGCAGGAGGAUGAGGAGCGGCAGCUACAUCAAGGCUAUGGCAGAGGAGGACAGCGGAGACUCGGACUGCAGCCCUAAACCGUCACCGAAAGUCCAGGCCCGGAGAGCCAGCUAUCUGAAAGCCACCCAGCCCUCCCUCACCGAGAUGACCACACUCAAGAUCAGUACGGAGUCCCAUUCCCCCAAGCUGCAGAUCCGGAGUCACAGUUACCUGCGAGCGGUGAGUGAGGUUUCAAUCAACCGCAGUUUGGACAGUCUGGACCCGGCAGGUCUGCUGGCCUCACCCAAAUUUCGCUCCCGAAACGAGAGCUACAUGAGGGCCAUGAGCACCAUCAGCCAGGUGAGCGAGGUGGAAGUGAACGGGCAGAUCGAGGCCGUGUGUGAGAGUGUGUUCAGUGAAAUGGAGUCUCAGGCUGUGGAUGCUCUGGAUUUGCCGGGGUCCGGAUGCUUCCGCAUGAGGAGCCACAGUUACGUGCGGGCCAUUGAAAAGGGCUCCUCGCAGGAGGAAGAAGAGGAGAGAGCGACACGUCAAGCCAUCUCACCACCUCGAAAUACAACUACUGUUAGAACCAUCCAGAACAGUACAGUAUCAUCAUGUAUAACCACCUACAAGAAAACUCCGCCCCCAGUCCCGCCCAGGUCAACACCCACCAGACCAUACAUCUCUAUAACAGCCCAGAGCAGCACAGAAUCAGCACAAGAUGCCUACAAUGAGCUCACAGGUUCUGGUCCUGCUAACCGGGCCUUAGCAGCGGUCCAGUCGGGCCUUAGCAACUCCACAGAGAGCAUCGAUAGCAUGAAGGCCCUGACAGCAGCCAUCGAGGCAGCGAACGCUCAAGUCCACGGCCCAGCCAGCCAGCAUGUGACCAACAGCACCAUCACCAUCACUACAGCCACCGCCACCACUAGCGUAACGCACAUCUCACAGGAAGCUAAGAGAGAUGCCCUCAGGAAGUGUCUGUCCAUAGGGAUACAGGUGGAUGGUCCUGAGGAAACCAAUCAAUCAGAAGUGCACUGCAAGUUUCAGUCCGUCGGCAUUCAAGUUGAGGAGGAGAGAUGCUACCGCAGAGUCACACGCUCCAACAGCGUCACCACUGCCGUUCAAGCUGAUCUAGACCUUCUGGAGUGUCUCGGCGAUGACCAGUUCACACAGACCCACCAGGGGCCCAUUGCCCACCAGCCAUCCCAAGAUGCAGCCACUUCCACUGUCAGCAUCCAGGGCUCUGGGAACCACUACCAUGCCUGUGUCCAAGAUGACUACACCGAUGUGGGCUUCGACCCUUCCAUUCUGCCCCCUCCAGACCCCUGGAUGGAUGGAGCCAUGGAGGAGGAAUACGCGAGUGGGGUGUCAGGGUUUGUGUGUCCGCAGGACGGAUGCUGGUUUCUGAAACUGCUGCAAGCAGAGGUGGAGAGGAUGGAGGGGUGGUGCAAACAGAUGGAGCAGGAUGAGAGAGAGAAUGAGCUUCCAGAAGAAAACAUUUCUACCAGCAGGGAGCCACCCGUCUCCUUCAUUUCUUUCGCUCCCUCUUUCUCUAAUCCCAAUGCCCACCCGCGGCCCGUGUCUCAAGAUCUGGCAGGAUUCUGGGAUAUGCUGCAGCUGUCCAUUGAGAACAUCAGCCUGAAGUUUGAUGAGCUACACCAGCUGAAAGCUAACAACUGGAAAGCACCGGAGCCUCCUGAGAGAAAGGAGAGGCGCAUGCCCCCUCCGGUACCCAGGAAGCCGGGGAGGGGUCCUAUGCUGCUAGUGAGAGACCGGUCUCUGGAGGGCUCCCAGCGGUUGGAGGCUCGUAAACGGCUGCUAGCGGCUAAACGUGCUGCCGCCUCUCAGCGCCAGAACUCUGCCACAGAAUGCGCCGACAGCAUUGAAAUAUACAUCCCAGAGGCUCAAACACGAUUAUAAACACUGAGAUCCAGGUGCUUAGAAGCAUAAAUAGACACACACACACACACAUAUCUUCAACCAUAACACAAAAGCACUGAAUAACAAAGGCAGGGUAGCUGUAACAUAAUCACUACUCUUUUCUUGUGUAGAAGAGAGUUUCUUCACUGUGGGAUUCUACUGUAUGUAUUUACGACUUAAUUUUACUCUCUUCUUCCAUCCUACCAUUUGCUAUGUAGCUCCCUUGUUAAACUUCCAAAGACUUUUAAUCUUUCUAUUAGACACUCUAUAUUUAAUUGUUAAAAUAACCAA